AUGGCCAGAUAACUAUAAGACAAAUAAGUAAUUAAUUAUUGAUUUUCUGAGUAUAGGGAGAAAAUCAGAUAAAUAGUUGAAACUGAUACUAUGAAUUAAUUAUUUCAAACCAAAAGGUUGUAUAAAAAUGACCUCUUGAUUUUAUAAGAAACCUUUAAAUUUAUAGUCAGAAUCAUUGCAUUAGACUUUGAAGUUCUUUUUUUAAAAAAUAAAAUAGAUCAAUCAUCUAGAACCAAAUUUAACUUCAACAGCUAAGAACAUUAUUGAACUAUAUCAAUAUUUUGGUUUAUAAUCUAAGGCCGAAUAAUUAUAGAAUGAUAAGCAAAAUCAAAGUUAAUGGUCAGUUUUUUUGAUCUUAGUUCAAAAUCUCAUAGAAAUAACUAGAAUGGCUUUAGAACUCACAAUAAAACGAUAAACUAAUCUAAAGCUUUUUUGCAUAGGUAAAGAAAUAGGAGAAAGAAUAAUACCAUUAAAUAAAAAAAUAUAUGAAUUAAAAAGAGUGUUACGAAGUGAAUCAAAUCAUUAAGAUUUUGUUUAUCAAUCAAAAUAAUCAAUAUAAUAAUUAGAAACAUAAUAAAUUUAUGAUUCUCUUCCAAAAACACAAAGAGUAAUUGAAGAAAUUUAGAAUAACUCUCAAGAUACUUCUGUGAUAAGAAAUUCUCAUUAAAGAAAAACUGAAAUUACAUAUAGUAAACCACUUCCAUUAAUAAAUCAGAUGAAAUCAAAUCAACUUAGUUUAUAUAGAUAACUAAAAUAACGAAAUUCAAGCAUACACAAUUCGAUUUAGACAUACAUAAAACAAAUUUAUGAUAAAAACGCAAUAUCUGAAUGA